CAGCAAACACAGCCUGACGAUGCUGCUUUGUCCACAACACAAUGGAGACAAAGACCUCUGAUUAAGACACUUUCCAUUCAUGCAAAAUAUGAUUCAAGUUUUAUCAGCAAGGUUACUGCAGAGUAGAUCUUUAAUGGAAGUGGUUGCCAGGUCUGAACUUGUAUAUAAGUGCAGUUAAAGCAACAUUAAAAUCCUCUCCCAUCACUGUGAUGUGCUCCACAUCAUGUGCACGCCCCCUGACAACCAGGAGAGGUACACGAUCAGGUAUAGUAAUAAUUGGUCCCCGGGAUGAUGUCACUUCCUCCCUGGCACACCGGCCUAUAAAAGCGGGGUGCUGUCGCGGUGAGCCGUCGGUGGAGAGACCGGAGAGCGCAGGAGGCUGCGAGGGGGAUACCGACGCCGUGGUGUGAAGAUCCAGCUCUCCAGAAAUACAGAAAAAAGGCGGCUAAGUUUUGUUCAGAAUGCGUCCGUGAACCCUCACACCGACUGUCUCCAAAUCUAAAAAAAAACACAAAACCCUUCUGAUAGAAGCUUCGCUAAUUUUUUUCUUGUCUAUUCCUGGAGAGCUCCGUGCGCCUCGGCUCCAAAACGACAUGAUCGGGAGAGGACUGCUCCUGCUGGCGAUCCUGUCCAGCUGCGUUCUGUCAUUGCCACUGACUCCGAGUCAGCUGGAGAAUGAGGACGUAAAGGUGAUGAAAUGCAUCGUGGAGGCGUUGGCAGAUGUGCUGUCGAGGCCCCACCCCGCGCCUGUCAGUCAGGACUGUUUGGUCACACUGAAGACAGAUGACAGGCUUGUUUCUAUCCUCCGCCAUCACAACUUUCUGAAGGAGCUGCAGGAGAUCGCUGUGAAAGGUGGUCAAGAGAGAGCUCACCUGCAGAGAGACGCUGGUUCAACUGACCCGAUGACACAAACUCCUCGGACUGGGGCCGAUGUUCCUGAUCGAUCCAUGUUGGAGGCUUUAGGAGGCCCCGGUGAAAGAUCCAUCCUUUCCCAGAAGAGGAUGACAGGAGAUGCAGAUCGAGAGGAAGAAAAGGAUGAGAACCUGAGGGAUGAAGAGUCUCCAGAGGACGACAACAUCGCUGAAGAGGUGAAGACGGAAGACGAAGAGAGGCCGGGGAAUCACGUCUCUGAGGCUGAGAAGAGAGAGGACGAGGAGCAGGAGGAGAAGAGAGUGAAUUCAGAGGAAAGCGUGGAGAAUAAGAAAGUGUCUGGAUCCGGUGAAAGCAGAGAUGCAUCCAGAACCAAACCAAAAGACAAGAAGCUGGUUGAAGACGACGAAGAGGUGAAAGACAAGAGAUCUUCAUUUUUCCCACAUAAACAAGAGGAGAAACCGGAGGAAGAGGAGGAUGAAGGGGAGACCAAGAGAGGGAGCAGGGAGAGCCUAAAGCGAUGGACCAAGAGGGGCAAGGCGCUGCCGCUGAAGAGGAAAGCAGUCGGAAAGGAGGCGCAGGAGCUUGACAGCCAGCAGGAAGUGCCACAUCACUCGAAGGAGGUCCUGGAGGAAGAGGAGGAGGAGAAGAAGAAGAAAAGAGUUGUGCAGAGGAGUCCAGAGGAGAAGGAGCUUCAGAUGAUCGCCAAGAGGGGACCGGAGGAGAGGAGAGCGCUGGAGGAAGAGGGGAGUGCCAGCCGGAAAUCAGAGGAGCCGGAGAUUGAGAGCCUGGCAGCCAUCGAGUCGGAGCUGGAAAACGUUGCCCAGAAACUCCACGAGCUGCGGCGAGGCUGAGAGAGAGAGAGAGAGACGUCGGUAAAAAAAAGUUGACACGGCAACCUCCUCUUCCUCCUCGUACUCCUCCGCUUUACCAGCUGCCUGGUUUCCACAGAUAGAGCGUGUGAAUAUGUGACAAGAUUUAAUCUUUCGCUGUCUCUUUUCUCCCGGAGGAUUGUCCCCCCCGCCCUCCUCCCCCUUUUUGCACCACGCUGCCGCAGCCUCCCUUGUGACAUCCUGUCCCUCACAUAGAUUAGCAUUCAGUAGAUGCAGCUAACAUACAGAUGCACAAAGUUCUGUGCAUCCAAACAUGCAUACGAUAGUGAGAACACACACACACACACACACACACACACACACACACACACACACACACACACACACACACACACACACACACACACAAAAGGCUCUGAAUGAUAAAAGUGUCUCAGUCGGUGAAGGCUGACAGCUUCGUUUUCCUGAAGUUUCCUCUGACAAUCAUCUCUCUCUUUCUGCAAAUGUAUCUCGCCUGCUUUUCUAUUCAUUUUAGCACCGAUUUCAUGUGAAAAGUUUGAGAGCAGGUAUAUACACACACACACACACACACACACACACACACACACACUGUCGUGGUGAGGUUGUACAGUAAGUACGGCAUGUAAACUUUGUACAAAAAGCUCUUUCGGGGAUACUGAAGAAGUCAGGCGCUUAAUUUAUUCUAGAUUCAGUCGAGCCAAGGCAAUAAUUGAACAUUUUUAGCAGAUCAAUGUCUGGAUUGUUAUCUUCAACUGUACUUAAUUUAUGUAUUUAAAAAAAACUUAACACCAAAACAAUAAAUCAAAUUGAGUUUAUCUGGAAAUCUCUGUUUUAGUAAAUCCUUUUGAUGCCUCUAAAGGUAAUUAAUGCAAUAAACUCAGCCUACUAACAAACA